UGGACUCGUCACUCAAGGUACAUGUCUACACGACCAGGGAGAAAAUUCAUAGAACGCUGAAUCAGUGCCUUCAAUUAACGGUCACAGAUCCAUUUGGCGCCAACUCCUGUUUUCAUGUGUGAACUGGUUUGGGUUUUGUAGGGCCUCAGCUUUGGAAUUUUGGGCUCGCUUCAGACAAGCAAUCUCGCCCUUUCGGUGUUUGUGUUUGAUCCUGUGAGAGUUUUCUCUCCGAAUUCUAUAUAUAGCCCUCUCCACAUCCCUGUGUGUUUACUCUACCUGCCCAUAGUUGCUCUUUCCAUUCUUACUGCUCUCUCUUUCACUGUACAAGUCGUUCAUCAGAAUUUUUUUUAUCUGGGUCAUAAAUUAUAAACACGCCCACUUAAUAAUUUCUAUUUUGAAGUGGUUUUUGAAUGGUUUUGGCUUCUGGGUACUGCAAAAGAUACCAUAUUUGAAAGUUCUGAUCAGUUUUGGGAGGGGUUCUUGCUGGUUUUCGUGUUGGGAUAAUUAAGAACAAGCUGGUUUUGUGGGAUUCAAUCCAUUUCGGCAUCUGGCUCUUGACAAAAAUUUAGAGUUUUCAUACUAAUUAUCAUUUGGGAUCUGAAUUUAAGGGGGGCGGGUGGGGGGAAUUCUUUUCGUCAUAAGAAAGUUUCACCUUUUCAGAAAAUGAUCCUGUUGUUCCAGGGGAGCAUCCUGUCGACUUGCUAUUCAAUUCUUGAGAAGAAGUCCAUCGUAGAUAAAAGCUUUUAUUUUUGGAUCUUCCACAUUUUCAAUAGAGGUUCAGUUAAUUAGCACAGUGGUGGACUAAUGGGUGGGGCAUCUUUGCCGCCUGGAUUUCGGUUCCACCCGACGGAUGAAGAACUGUUGGGAUAUUACCUGAAAAGAAAAGUUGAGGGGCUGGAGAUUGAGCUUGAAGUAAUCCCUGUAAUUGAUCUGUACAAGUUUGAUCCUUGGGAGUUGCCAGACAAAUCAUUCCUUCCAAAUCGAGACAUGGAAUGGUUUUUUUUCUGUCCCCGUGAUCGGAAGUACCCAAAUGGCUCACGCACAAAUAGAGCCACCAAAGUUGGCUAUUGGAAAGCUACUGGAAAAGACAGGAAAGUACUUUCCCAAUCUUCGGUGAUUGGGUAUCGUAAGACCCUUGUUUUCUAUCGUGGACGAGCUCCUUUAGGGGAUCGAACAGACUGGGUCAUGCAUGAGUAUCGCCUCUGUGAUGAUUCUUCUCAAGCAUCAACUAAUUUUCAGGGAGCCUUUGUUUUAUGCCGCAUUGUCAAAAAGAAUGACAAUGCUCAUAAAGGUGAUUGUCAUGGAGAAUCAAAAGCCAAGAGAGUUGAGGGCAGUCCAAGCAAUGGGGACUUCAGCUCAACUGUGAACUCCAAUGAGCCUUUGAGCAUCUCUAGUGAAGUUCCUUCUCCAUCAAGCUACACACACAGUGACAACUACUAUACAAGUCCUAUCACUGCUCCAUAUGAGUUUGCUCCAAUCACAAAAUAUGAUCCAGCUUCAAAGGUGACUGAUCCUGCAAAUCUUUGGGUCUCGCCUGAUCUAAUUCUUGAUUCCUCAAAGGAAUACACACAAGGACAAGAAACCAUAUCUGAAAUCUUUCAGCAGUGUGAGUUUCCAUAUUCAGGGACUGCAUGGAAACCUUAUUUUUACAGAGAAAUCUCAUCCAAUUCAUCAUGCUCAAAUUUUACAGAGGAAGUUGAGUCUGCUGGUGAUUUUAGAAGAAUUGGCUGCAUGUCACCAUACCAAUGGCAUCCAAACUUCUUUGAUUGGUGUGGAAAUGAGGAUAUACCACAGGAAGGUUAUGAGCAUAUAAAUUCUCUGAGAAAUCCAGAACCUUUCUAAGGAAAAAAGGAAUGAACAUUGUAGCUCAUUCUUUCUUUAAUGCAGUGUUUGAAACUUGGAACCAAACUGAUAUUUGCAGACAAGCAAGUGAAUAUGGGGUUUUGGGGGAACUUUGGUUGCAGGAUGACAAUUUGGUGGUGGUGCUGUGAUGGGUCUGUCUAGCUUUGAGACUUCUCUGAUCAGUUUAUUUUGUAGUAGAUCGUCAAAAAUGGGGCUCUGAGACAACGCCUUUUAAUGUUUGUUCUUGGAGGGAAAACUACGGAGUUCCUAUGUAAUAAGUCUUUACCACAGAAAUCCUUUUUAUAUCUGGUAUGGGACUUGGUUUAGUAACAAAGUGUGGUAUGGGUUUCUUGUUUAUGUAUCUAGGCAGUAAAAGAAAAGAAUCCCCAGUGACAAUCACUUUUAUCCAUUGCGCUGGGAAUCAGUAUUGUCUAUCCUUCUGUCUUACAAAAUAAUUUUUUGCAUAGAAGCUAUUCACCGUCUUAUAUGCAAGUUUUUGUAAACCAGAGUAUUCUGCUUAAUGGAUAACUAUGUACUGCAGUAAUCUUCUUUUGU